ACGACGCGUCAAGUAUUUCCAACUCACUGAACAUGGCCGCUGGAUUUAGGAGUUAUGUUUGGGAUCCGUGCCUUAUUAUUUCGCAAAUUGUCGCCGUUCAAUGCGUGUAUUACUUAUUCUUAGCUUUCUGGGUUGUGUUCGUUGACUUUUCGACGGGAAAUUCGCGGUCGCUAGACCAAUUUUUUAGUGAAGAGGAUAUUCAAUUUACUUCUUCUAGGGGAAAGAUAACGAUGGUGGCUUUUUGCCUGAACACGCUUACUGGGGCUGGUGGAUUGUGGGUUAUUGUUAGGAGAGCAAAGCAAUGUCUGGAUUUUGCUGCCACUGCACAUCUUAUACACUUGGUCAACUGCUGUAUUUAUGAUGGUUUUCCAUCAUCAGGUAGCUGGUGGAUGUUGAACUUAACAUGUAUGGCAUUGAUGGCUGUGAUAGGUGAAUUUGUUUGUAUGAGAACUGAGCUCAAGGCUAUUCCAGUUACUGUUUCGUCAGUCAAGUCUUCAGUUUGACAUCUAACCAGGUGUAGUUGAAUUUGUUGGUGGGAACUAGUCAACCAAACUGAUACGCUCCUUGCAAAGUGAGAGCUUGGACAGUCCAUUUCAAGUGGUUGUGCUGGGGUACUUGAAGGAUGUUAAAAUCCAUUGUAAUCUGAAGUACACAUCCUUCCAUGGUAGAGAACAAUGGGGAUACAGACCUGGUCUCAGUUGUUUUGAAGAUUGGAUAACACUAUCCACUGGAUAAAACUCUAUCUGGUGAAUAAUGUUAUACAUUUUGCUUUCCCUUUUCCACUGGAUAGCGAUUUAUCCAUUAGAUAGCAUUAUUGGCCCAUAAUACAACUGAGCCCUGGAGGCUACACAUAUUUAACUUCUUGCAAUGUGUUUCCCAAAAGAAUAUCUGUAACACAGAAAACUUAUGUACCUGCAAGGGACAUUUCAAAUGAUGAAAAAGACAACAGUUGAUUGUAGAAUCUGAAAAUACACAUAUGUGUAUACAAAGAAAUAUCUGUGUACCUUGUUGUUAAAAGAGAGGAUAACACUAUGCACUGGAUAAAUCUCUGUCUGGUUGAAAGGGCAGUAUGUUUUGCUAACACUUAUCUUCUGGAUCGCUUUAUCUGCUCUUUGAUCAACUGAGCCUUGUUCAACAUAUCUCAUGGUUAUGGUUGAUUGGCACCACUUGAUGGUCACAUUUGCUGGUAUGUUGCAUAUGAUACUCUGCACACUUAGACAUAAACCUACUUCCAUUCAAAAUUCAAGUGUGUUUUCAACAAUAGUUAAAAGCAAAGCCUAUCAUAGUUAAUAUUGAUGGGUAGUAGCUUUUAUAUAUUUUUAGAUAUACCUUAAUAUCUACAUUCUUAUUGUAUUUCAUUCCUAAUUCACUACGAUUUAUAAGGGAUCAUUAAUUUAUUUAUUUACUUUGCGCUUCAUCAGUAAUGGUCAUGCAUUUUAUACAGGAGCCUCCAGCUCCAAUGUAGGGCCAACCUUAUCCAACAUCAUGACACUAGUGAACUGAUUGACUGAAGCAACUGGGAACUUUAAGAUACAGAAAUGAUAUUGUGGUACAAUUUUUCACUUUAUUAUCUUAAUGUUACUGUAUGAUUAACUAUUUUGAGUAACAUUGUAUUUAUGGUGUGCAGAAAAACUCACUGGGUGAAUGGUACACAUUGGACAGUUUGAAUAUGAGCUAGAGAGCUGGGGUUGUGCUCUUGAAGUCAAGGCUUCAAGGCAAACUUCACAAGAGAAAUAUUGCGAAAGACAGACUUGUCUACCUCAAAAGUUGUUUGAACACAUUUCCAUGUAGCCAACAAUGUAACAAAAGAAACUGUAAGGUUGGGCUAAGAUUUUAAUACUUGGGUGUUUCUUUGCAAAAUAUUCUAUUAGGAAAUCGAGGUUUACUCGAAAAAACAUACUGUAAAUAACAUUGGAUACAUUUUGUGUGUUGACCAAAGCAUUUUAUUAUUUUAAUGUACAACAUUUUAUGUCUUUCAUCCAUGUGGAAGAACUACAGCAGCAAUUUAUUCAAAAUUGUGAUUUUCAGAAGACACUCUUAAGAAAGCACACUUUAGAAACCAAUACAAUUUUAUUUCCACCUUUGGAAAGGAUAUGAUUAUGAAAAUUGAAUAAAAUCAAACUUAAAUUAUCUGAACCUCAAUUAUAAGGAAUUUUUACUGAUCCAGACUCACUUCUGAAUAUUUAAUUGUCACAUUCAAUAAUACCUUAAUAAUAAGUUAAUACCUUUUUCCCAUCAAACUAAGUGGUCAUACUGAAACAGUGUAACAUCUAACCCAUUGAUGCAACUUCAAAGAAUGAUAGAAUUAGCUGCAUGCACAUGCUGUAGGAGCUUGAAACAAACGGAUUUAGGUCAGCAUUGCAAAAAAUUGCUGUAAAAUGCUUACAUAUACUAAAUUCUUUGUCAGAUUUUGGCAGUGAUGCACAAGGAUUUGAGAAUGUCCUUUCAUUCUUGUGUAAUGUUAAUUAGAUGUUAUGCAUUCAGUUUCAGUUUUGGCUCGUUAAUAUUUGAAUAUAUUUUUUUAUUAUCUGGAAUCUAUCAAACUGAAAUGAAAUGGCACAAAAUUAAUUGUCCAGCUUAUUUGAUAAAAUUCAACAAAGUACUUUAUGCUGAAAUUUUUGAUGUUAAAUAAUAUUAUUGGAGAGAAGAUUGUCUCAAGAAAGUGCAAGAAAUGUAUACCAAUUUACAAAAUAAAUAUUGUGAAGUUGUAA